AAAGGUGUAGACUAGCAACCAUCUUACGCUCAACAGGGAUGGAUGGAUAUGGAGGCUAUUCACUGGGUGACUGGCUCUGUCUGUUGUAUUAUACCAGUAGUUAUAACACCAAAUAUAAGUCAAGAGACAUGUUUACCCGCAAUCGAUAUGGCAUCUUCCAGAUUGACAGCGGAAACUGGUGUUUUGACGGUUGUGUCGUUUCAAAGAACCAGUGUCACACCAGAUGCGAAAUGAUGGCAGACAAUGACCUCCUGGAUGAUAUUAUAUGUGCAAAACGUAUUGUCAUGUCGAGUGCCGAUAUAUACUACUGGCCUGCAUGGAGAGAAUACUGCGAUGGAUAUGACAACUCAAAAUGGGAAAACAGAUGCUAAGUGAAUGCAAUCUAGACCCUCUCACGUCUCUGCUGAUACUUGCUGUCUGCAAUCAGAAUUUAGCAUGGAUUCCCCACAUAUAGAUAGGCACACACACAAAAAUACAGUUUUAAACCCUUGUAGUCUGUGCAAGCCUUGACUGAGAACAUAUAUAUAUAGAGAGAGAGAGCUCCCCCAGAAAUUUCAGGAUGAAACCCAUCUAUCAUCAAUAUGAGGAUUUGGGAUUGAGGCACUUUUUCGAAAUAUUCUGUUUGCAUAAAACCUUACAUCUUUGUGCAGAAAAUAAGAUGUUUAUACAAAA